GGCGGAGCAGGAGCUGCAGCUGCCGACGCCGACGCCCGCGCCCCGGCCCGCCCUGCCAGCUCAGAGCCCGGGACGCAGGCCCGGGGGCCCAGCCAGCCGCCGGGCCACCGGCGACCCCUGCACUCAGGGCGGAGCCCACUUGCCCGCUCGCUCCAGGGCAGCACUGUAGUCCUACAGUCCCCAGCCCACCCGUUGCUCGGGCUGCGAGCUCGUCUCGUCAAGCAGGCGCCGCUGGGCAGCCCCGCUGCCGGGGUCCUCGUAGAGAAAGGCCGUCGCCAUGGAGACGCAGCGCGCGCAGGUGGCCGUUAAGCCGCGCUGUGGAGCGCAGUUUUCUGGGCCGGGUCCGCGGCGCCCGGCACCCAACAGCACUGACGGCGAAACCUUCACGGGCGCGCGAUGCCGGGGCCGGGUCGCUGCGGUCGCCACCUCAGCCCUCGCGGGCAGCACGCCGAACUACAGCCGGCAGCGAAAGUGCACGUCGCCUAGCGAUGGCGCGGGGCGGGGCCAUGGGCUGUCCCAGCUUGUCGGAGACAUCCGCUUCCGGAUCCGCGGCCAUCGCACUCCCCGGCUCGGCUGGCCCGCCAGGCGACGCACUGUACCAGACCCCGGCCGCUACGAUCGCUGAGUCUCAGUCGCCCUCGCCCUGUAGCUUGCCGCCUGCGCUCUACCGCCCGCCUCUUCGACCAGCCAUGCUGGAGCAUCUGAGCUCGCUGCCCACGCAAAUGGACUACAAGGGCCAGAAGCUAGCUGAACAGAUGUUUCAGGGAAUUAUUCUUUUUUCUGCGAUAAUUGGAUUUAUCUACGGGUACGUGGCUGAACAGUUCGGGUGGACUGUCUAUAUAGUUAUGGCCGGAUUUGCAUUUUCGUGUUUGCUGACACUUCCUCCCUGGCCCAUCUAUCGGCGACAUCCUCUCAAGUGGUUACCUGUUCAAGACUCAGGCACAGAAGAUAAGAAACCAGGGGAGAGAAAAAUUAAGAGGCAUGCUAAAAAUAAUUAAUUGGAGUUUUCGUGAUCAGCACCUGCUUUUGUUUCCUGUGAAAUGAGCUAAAUUGCUUCAUACCCAAAAUAUGAGCUAAGCCAUCUAUGUUCUAAUGGCACAACUGUGUAUAGAUUUAGUUCUCAUUAUAUUUCAUUUCUAACCCAGGUGGGUUUUGACUUAUAAAUAGUUUAGACCCUCUCUUCAUAAUCUUCCUCUGAAAUGGGAACAGAAAACACAAGUAUGUUGUUUCUUUCACGUAUACAUAAAUAACAAAGAAUAAAUGCCUCAUAAAAGAUAGUACAAUUUAACUGUCAAAGUUUUAUAAUUCAUUAUGAGUCAUUAAACCAUUUUAAUGUUUCCAAUUAAAAAGUCAUAGUGCAAGUU